GUCCCGGCUUUCCUCCGCCGCUAAGCUCGAUCACCCAAGGCUCUAGCCUUGGAUUUCACCAUCAUCAUCUCCCACCCUGGUAACGCUGAGCGUGUUAUCAGCUUAAGCGCCGUCACAACCUCGUUCUCGACUCAGUCGUCGUUCCGACAUCUCUCACCGUCGACGGAACCGUCACAAGCGGAAAGAUCGUGCGGUGGUCUCUACACUACGCCACGCGUCGAUUAGGGAGUUUCUGUUCGAGGGCAUGCUCAGUUACUUUUGGCUCGUGCAGAGAGUAAAUAGGGUUACGUAGCCACGUUUAUACCAAUUCCCUUUUCCCGGAAGUUCGCUGGCGGUCAUGGUUGACGCGGCGGAGGAUAUGCUCCAGUCUAUUAGCGAGGCUUCCACCCAUUGUACCGCCCAAACAACGGCCGGUCACGAUUCCGUCAGCUCAGCACCGGAUGGGUUCUGUUAUUCUGGAGAUUCAAAGAAACCCUUCUCGGAAGGGAACUGCUCGUCUUUGCAGUUGUUGGACGAGAGCAGGUUCGACGUCAAACUCCAGCUUUGGGCUUUAAGGAUACCCCGGGAGCAUUGCGUAACCGUCAGCCGUCUACUAAGCGGAUACUUGAUUGAUAAAGUGCGUAUUAAACCCAUUGUUGAGGAUCCAACUAGCGAGAAAAACCGAUUAAUCAUUCUAUCUGAAAAUAUUCAAAAUCCUGAUCUAUCUGAAAUUCCAAGUCGUCUGCUGGAUUCACUUAAGGACAUUUGCAACAUUGAAGCAGUGCCACAUGAAUUAACAUUAGGAUAUUCUUAUUGGGGCGUUGAUCAUAUUUUAAGGCAAAUACUACCCUCUGGAGUGGAGGUGCCAUCUUCUUUUGAAACAAUAGGACAUAUUGCACAUCUCAAUUUAACAGAUGACCUACUUCCUUACAAGGACAUCAUCGCAAAGGUUAUUUAUGAUAAGAAUCAACCAAGAAUUCGGACUGUGGCGAAUAAAGUUGGGACCAUAACAAAUCAGUUUCGAGUGCCAACUUUUGAAGUCCUGGCAGGAAUAAGAGAUAUGGUCACUGAGGUUAAACAGUAUGGUGCUACAUUUAGGCUUGAUUAUAGUUUGGUCUAUUGGAACUCAAGACUUGAACACGAACACAUACGAUUGAUUUCACAGUUCAAGAGAGGAGAGAUAAUAUGUGAUAUGUUUGCUGGAAUAGGUCCUUUUUCAAUUCCAGCAGCUCAAAAAGGUUGUCUCGUUUUUGCCAAUGAUUUAAAUCCACAUAGUGCUAGUUAUCUACAGCUAAAUGCUAAGAUCAACAAGGUAGAGGAUUAUGUUUGUGUACAUAACAUGGAUGCAAGAGAUUUCAUGCAGCAUUUGAUGACAUUUCCUGGUUCCGAGGGCACAAUUAAUACUGCAGGGGCUGUUUCAAAUGCUGAUCAUGUUAAUGCGCUACUGACUAGCCAAAAACAAGUUGGUGCCAAAGAAACUCUUGAUGCAUCCAAUGAUCAUUGGAAUUGUUUGGAUCGUGCUUCAAAGGAUGAAUUUUCUACUACUAAAAGACAGUUUGAUAAUACUGGGUUUCUGGAAAAUGGGAAUAUCACAAAGCGAACAAGGGGCCUCCCUUUGACAGAAUCCAGGCCAUGGGCACAUGUGGAUCAUGUGAUCAUGAAUCUUCCAGCUUCUGCUUUGGAAUUUCUAGAUGUCUUCCAAGGUCUUAUUCAGAGGGAACAAUGGAGAGGGCCUUUACCAUGGAUCCACUGCUACUGCUUCAUGCGAGCAACUGAAACAAAAGAAUCAACAUUAGCAAAAGCAGAGGCUUUUUUGAGCACUAGAAUACCAGAGCCAUUUUUUCAUCGGGUUAGAGAUGUUGCUCCUAACAAGGUAAUGUAUUGUUUAAGCUUCAAGUUACCUGCAGAUGUAUGUUUCCAAGGUGUCAGUGGUGCUUGAGGUCCAUCAGCAUUGAAUACUUGAUAGAGAGAAAAUGCAUAUCAGUCAGCUCUGACUUGCUCCAUAAUUAGGAUUAUUUUUGUAACUUGGAUGACAGUAUAUUACCGGCUUCACUCGACUAGAAUGCAUCUCUAACUUGUUUUUACUUUUGGGAAGUUUUCUUGUAACAUAUGUGGAUGUAAGUUUCCGAAUAGCUAUAGUUUAUGUGAAUUGCACAAGGAAAUUUCAAAA